AUGGAGGAAGCAAAUAAGAAGGAGCGUGCCACACUACGACGUUCAACACUGGUUGCCUCAUUAGGAAGAGCUGACAAGUUCCUGGCCGAGUUCAUCGAGGAGCGGGACAAGCUUGAGGUCGCAGUGCGCUUAGAGGAUUUGGACAACCUGCGGCAACAGUUCGAAACUGUUCAGACGACGCUUGAGGAACUUGAGAGAACCGAAGCAGGUAUGGCACGCAAUCUGAUAUCUCGAUCGUCCUUUGAAAAGCUUUUCUUUAAAAUAAAAGCUGGGUUGCUUUCAAAAAUUCCUAGCACCAACUUACCAAACGCGAAUCUCCCUCUCCACAAUUUCCCUCAGAAUGGUUCUGGUCUUAGGGGUUUGAAGUUGCCGACAAUUUCUUUACCUGAGUUCUCCGGCGAUUACAAGGAUUGGCGUGGUUUCUAUGACACAUUUUUUGCCCUGAUUCACAAUAAUCCCGAUGUCCCUGAUAUCCAAAAAUUCCACUAUCUCAAAGCAGCAGUUAAAGGUGAAGCAUCUCAGUUGAUCGAAUCCAUAGAUAUCAGCGCAGCAGACUACCAGUCUACGUGGGAAGCUUUAGUUGAUCGAUAUUCGAAUGACUACGUGAUGAAGAAGAAGCGGUUACAAGAGCUGUUCGAUGUUCCAAAAAUGAAAGUUGAAACUGCCGAUUCGCUGCAUAGAAUUGUAGACAUUUUUGAAAGACACGUGAAGGCAUUGAAUCAAAUGGGAGAGCCUACUGAACAGUGGAGCACUAUUUUAGAGCAUAUGCUUUGCAAUCGUUUGCACGAUGAAACUUUGAAGGCGUGGGAAGAUUUUGCGUCAAAUUUGACCCAACCGACAUACUCAGGGCUGAUAGAAUUUUUGCAUAGACGAAAUCGUGUAUUGGAAUCAAUAACCGUUAAUCAUUCUCCUCCUUCGCAACGCUCCGCUGUGUGUAAUCAAAUUUCCGCUCCUAUGCGAUAUAACUCCGGGGUUUAUGCAGGCACCAAUUCACUCAAAUGUCAUGCAUGUGAUCAGAGUCAUCCCUUGAUGAAAUGUCCAACCUUUACGAGGAUGUCUCUUGAGGAAAAAUUGAACGUGGUGAAUUCCAAACGUCUAUGUUUCAACUGUUUUCGUCGUACCCAUCAAGUGAGAAACUGUCCCAAUCAUGAAAGUUGUCGAAUAUGUCACGGCCGCCACCACUCAAUGUUACAUCCAGGUUAUGUUAGCGAAACCGGUGAGUCUCGUCCGGCGAGAAACGUCCACUCUGUCAACAUCACGAAUGGCGAAGAAGAAAUUGCUUCAGAGACGUCAUCAUGCUUGCACGUUAAUGUUGCUGGGAAAUGUAUUUUCAUGCCCACUGCGAUUGUAACUAUCGUUGAUUGCUAUGGGAGAGAACAUUUGGCUCGAGCAGUUCUUGACUGUGCAUCUCAAGUCAAUUUGAUAAGCAGUAAGCUGGCCCAAACCCUUUGCCUGCAAAGAAAAUAUGUUAAUUUGAUUGUAAAAGGUGUUGGAGACCAACCUAAAAGAGCCAAACAUAGUGUCGCUACACAAAUACGAUCUCUGAAGGAAGAUUUUCAAAUUGACGUUGACUUUGUAAUUCUUGAAAAGCUAACACCAAAACUACCGUCCCAUGACAUUUCAGUAGAUCGAUGGAACGUUCCCUGCCACAUACAAUUAGCCGACCCACAGUUCUUCAAAAGCAAAGAGAUCGAUAUUUUGAUAAGCAACGAACAUUUCUUUUCAUUAUUCAAAACCACCGAUAGAAUUGUUCUUGGUCCAUCUUUGCCAAUGUUGGUCGACAGCGUAUUCGGUUGGUUAGUGUGUGGAGCAGCGAAUCUGGAAACGGAAUCAAACUUGAAAACAGCAUGUCACGUCGAGGUUAUGUCACUUAUUUCACUGGAGCAAGCAUUGGAAAAAUUUUGGCUGUUAGAGGAGCCGAUUGUUCGAUCGAAUCUCACUGCCCAAGAGAAAACAUGUGAAACGCAUUACACCAAUCAUGUUUCCCGCCAAGCAGAUGGAAGGUAUGUUGUACGAAUGCCACGACAUGAUGAUUUCGACAACAUGAUAGGGGAGUCCCGGACCAAUGCCAUGAAACGAUUUUUUUCUACAGAAAGACGGUUAGAGGCUGAUGAAAAUUUGAAAAUGGCAUAUCAUGAAUUCAUGCGAGAAUAUAUUGCUUUAGGACACAUGCAACAAGUUAAUCCAAACUCUCCUCAAUCAAACAACGUAUUCUACCUCCCACACCACUCAGUUUUCAAAGAAGACAGUACCACAACGAAAACAAGAGUUGUCUUUGACGGUUCAGCAAAAUCUUCAUCCGGUUACUCCCUUAACGACGCUUUGUUAGUGGGUCCUGUGAUACAAGAUGACCUUAUAUCAUUAAUCUUACGAUUUAGAACCUAUCCGUUUGUUAUCGUUGCCGAUAUAGAGAAAAUGUAUCGUCAAGUUCUCAUCCAUCCUGAUGAAACUUCCCUGCAAAGAAUUUUUUGGAGAUUUGAUAAAACUGCACCAUUACAAGAAUUUGAACUGUCGACUGUUACUUAUGGUUUAAGCCCAUCGUCUUUCCUCGCAACACGCACUCUUUUGCAAUUAGCAAAUGAAGAUGGUCAUCGAUACCCUUUGGGAAAAGCUGCCCUGACCAAGGGCUUCUACAUAGAUGAUUGUAUUUAUGGAGCUGAAACAAUAGCUGAGACUUUGCAAACACGAGACGAGCUCAUCCAUCUACUAGAGAAGGGAAAAUUCACUUUGCGAAAAUUUGCUUCAAACGAUUUCAAAAUUUUAGAAGGUUUAUCACCUGAUAAGCUUGGCACUCGUCCCACACAUCAAUUUGAUACGAGUGUGAAAACUUUGGGCAUAGUUUGGAAGCCGGAAAAGGAUAUUCUGUGUUUUGAUUCCCGUUUGAAACCGACUGCAGGAACGGUGACGAAACGUGCAAUUCUUUCUUCGAUUUCUCAGUUGUUCGAUCCGCUAGGACUUGUGGCACCAAUAGUCGUACGAGGCAAAAUGAUAAUGCAGCAAAUUUUUCUACUUUCUUGUGGUUGGGACGAUGAAGUUUCCGAAUCGAUUAAAGAAAAGUGGCAGCAAUAUGUAGAUGAACUUCCCAAACUGCAACAAUUCCAUCUGAACCGAUUAGUUUUACUUCCUGGCUCUGAAAUCCAAUUGCACACCUUCACCGAUGCUUCAGAGAUGGCGUAUGGAUGCUGCAUUUAUGUGAGAUCAACUGAUUCCAAAGGAAAUGUAUCUGUUCAUUUAAUAGCUGCUAAAUCCCGACUAGCUCCACUACGAAGGAUUACACUCCCACGAUUAGAGUUAUGUGCUGCUGAAACAGGUGCACAUCUAUUUACAGCUGUGAAAAGAGCCUUGGCAAUUCAGAUAUCGGAAUCCUUCUUUUGGUCAGACUCCAUGGUAACUCUGCAGUGGCUCAGGGCACCUCCCAACACUUGGAAGACUUUUGUGGCCAACAGAGUUUCAGAGAUCCAAACCGAAACUCAGGGUUCUCGUUGGGACCACGUUCCUGGAAAAACUAACCCGGCUGACCUAGUAUCGAGGGGUCAAAACAUUGAUAAAUUCAUCGAAAGUUCACUGUGGAAAUAUGGUCCUCAUUGGCUCACAUUAUCUAGAGACAAAUGGCCGAUAUCGAGCAUUCCUGAGUAUCCAGAAAACGGAACCGAACGUAGAAAGCAGUUUGUAGUUGCCACUGUUAAUUGUUCUACCUCUUAUACUCCAAUCUUCACCAACUUCAAAAGUCUGAACCGACUCACACGAGUAGUAACUUACUGUUUCCGCUUUUUCCGAAAUACAAAAAAUAAAACUCGCACACAACCAGAUCCCCACGCCUCACAAGACCAACAGCUUCUUCCUGACGAAUUAGCAGCAACACGUCUUCGUCUUUUGCAUCUAGCUCAAUCAGAUGGAUUCCGUGACGAAAUAAAGGAGCUCCAGUCUGGCAGAACCCUAUCGAAACAUUCCAAAAUUCGAAAACUCAGCCCCUUUGUUGAUGAAGAUGGAGUACUUCGCGUGGGAGGGAGAUUGCGCUUAUCAGAUUUGCCAUACCAUUUUAAACACCCCGCACUUUUACCCAACUUUCACCCUUAUACGAUCAUGAUUGCCAAAUUCUAUCACUUCAAACUUAUACAUGGUGGAAUCCGAGUUACUCUGGCUGCAAUGCGUGAAAAAUACUGGCCGAUCAACGGAAGAAGAACGAUUCGUAAUGUGAUGCGAAACUGCUUUAGAUGCGCCCGAGCUAGUCCCGCUCCAGAGAAUCAACAAACUGGCCAACUACCCGCACAUCGAGUGACACCGCAGAGACCCUUUGCAGUGACAGGAGUGGAUUUUGCCGGCCCGGUCUACAUAAAACCUGCACAUAAACGAGCUGCUGCGACUAAGGCGUACAUAUGUAUCUUCGUAUGUUUUGUAACAAAGGCGGUACACAUCGAGCUAGUGAGCAACUUAGCAUCAUCUGGUUUCCUGGCUACAUUUCGUCGAUUUGUUGGCCGUCGUGGCCCACCAGCGCACGUUUAUUCCGAUAAUGGCAGGAACUUCUUAGGAGUCAAAAAUGAACUGGAGGCUAUUCAAAAACUAAACGCGACAGACACAGAAUCAUUUUUUGAUUACUGUGCAACGGAAGGUAUAAACUGGCAUCUCAACCCACCUAAAGCAGCACACUUUGGUGGUCUCUGGGAAGCUGCAGUAAAGGUAUGCAAGAAGCAGAUGUACCGACAGUUAGGUGAUUCCAAACUAAGCUUCGAAGAUCUAACAACCGUUUUGGUGCAAAUCGAGGCCAGUAUGAAUUCCCGCCCAUUAGUCCAAAUGUCCGAGGAUCCUAACGAUUUUGCUUGUUUGACCCCUGGGCAUUUUCUCAUCGGCGACCUUAUGGGAUCUGUUCCAGAAUUUGAUAUUCGUGAUGUUCCGAUCAAUCUUCUUGACCAUAACCAACACCUGCAGCGGAUGUAUCAGAACUUUUGGCACAACUGGAGAACCGAGUAUCUUCAAGAGAUGCAGCGUGAAACGAAAACUUGUGACCCUAACACAAAUUUGCAGCCUGGGCGUCUGGUGGCCAUUGUCGACGAGUUUCAGAUUCCUGUUAAAUGGCCACUUGGAAGAAUCGUUUCCGUACAUCCCGGCGAAGAUGGAUUGAUUCGAGUUGUUACUCUCAAAACAGCCAAGGGUUUUGUGAAGCGUCCUGUGACGAAGGUAUGCUUGCUUCCACAAGAAACCCCUGAAGAAGCUUCCGCACUGAACGCAGACGACGCACCAGGGAAUGAGAAUCCAGCCAACGAAGAAAUCCUGCCAUCCAACGAAGAAAUCCUGCCAUCCAACGAAGAAAAUCCAGCCGACAACGAUGCAGCAGCCAAAGAUGUCCAGUAA